AUUCUGGGAGAUACGGAAAAUGUGCCAAGAUGGCUGAAAACUUCAAGGAUUUACGUCUGAAGCUCCAGUCUCCACACAACCACAGCUCGUCAAAGUACAGCAAGGACAGAAAGUCUGACAGAUCAAGAAGAGAUUCAAAUGGAACUUACAAGUCAAAGUCACGCCACCACGAUUAUGACAGCAGCUGGCACAAUGCCGACGAGUUAAGUAAGGUACACGCCGGAAUCAAGCAACGUCGAUUGUUUACCGAUGAUCAGUGCGAGGCAAUCGAGAAGAAAAUAAACGAAACAGUCAAAAUAGCAGAGAAAGGAACCUAUAAGCAUCAUACAGUCGACAGAGCACCACUGAGAAACAAGUAUUUCUUUGGCGAGGGUUAUACGUAUGGGUCUCAGUUGGAGAAGAAAGGUCCUGGGAUGGAACGACUGUAUCCCAAAGGUGAAGUGGACGAAAUCCCCGACUGGAUACAUGAACUGGUCAUCAAGCCUCUGUAUGACGCUAAAAUCGUACCAGAAGGCUUUGUUAAUAGUGCUGUUAUAAACGAUUACAUGCCUGGCGGUUGCAUUGUGUCCCACAUAGAUCCACCCCAUAUCUUUGACCGCCCUAUUGUUUCAGUGUCUUUUUUCAGUGACAGUGCUCUCUGCUUUGGUUGUAAGUUUUCUUUCAGGCCAAUUAGAGUUUCUCCACCUGUUCUGUGUUUGCCAAUUGACAGAGGAUGUGUCACAAUGAUCAGUGGAUAUGCAGCAGAUGAAAUCACACACUGUAUUCGUCCACAAGAUGUUGUGCAAAGAAGAGCAGUCAUUAUUUUGCGAAGAGUUUUCCCAGAUGCCCCUAGACUAGGGACACCAUCAGAAAAACCAGUCUCUCGGAAACGUAAGCGCAGCAGCUCCGAAUCUGUAUCUGAUCUGGAAGAUGACCAUCACAAAAAAAGUAGGAGAACGGUCUCCAUACAGAGAAGUAAACAUCACUCAAACAGUCAGCAUUCUAAUGGUCAUCAGUCGUCAAAAACGCGGAAAAAAGAGAGUCACGCGGCCAGUAAAACCAGCGACAGCCAGGAGAGCAGUGAGGAGGAUGAGCCAGUGUUAACCCCGAAAAAGAGCAUUCGACAGGUGCGAGUGUCACGGAUGUCCCGCCACAGGAAACUCUGCUGGUAGACUGACAUCUCAUGAUAAAACUUGUUGUUUUUGGUUGCCAAAGUAUACACAUUGCACAUGUGUUUCUGA